AUGAAAUGCCAGCCCUUAGGCAUCAACAACACAGAGAGCACAGGUAGUUGUGAUGAGACGAGAAAGAUGACGAGUGAGAGAAAAAAGAUAACUAUAGCCAAGGAUUGCAUGGCUUUGAGCAGAUUUAUCGCACAUAAAGUGAAACCACACGCCUGUCAGCUCUGCAGCAAAAGUUUUCCAACUCCGGGUGAUCUGAAGAGCCAUAUUGCUCUCAACCCGUUAAUUCAUAUUUAA